AUGCUGCGCUUCAUAGCAGCACCAUCAAGCCUAAUACUCCUGGCAGUUCUCCCCUACGCCAAUGCUCUACCCACCUUGACUCCAGGAGUGCCAAUUGAGGGAGGCGCCAAUGGUGGUGUGGUCGACACAUCUUUCGAGAACAUUCAAUGCUCCAGUAGCAUCACAGGAACAUCAUCAAGCCAACAGGAUCGCUGGACGGCUGCCCAAGGAGACAUCGCUUCGUCGACACUGGGCCGCGAGUUCACAUUCAACCUUGCGGUACGAACGCAGGCACAGGGUCGUUACGACAACUUUGCAUCUAUCUUCUUCAGUGGUCCAGCAGGAGCAAACUUGAAUUGCGGCAUUGAGGACAGCGACUGUGGGACUGGGCCUCCUAUUGUGUCGGGCGGCUGCCCAGGCAUGUACGCAGCUGGCUGGGAAAUCUUGACCUCUUUUACUUCGCUUGAUCACGUUAUGAACAAUCUCGCAACGUCUUUCGGGACGGCUCUCAAUGCACUCAACAUCGCUCAAGCUACAAGCGAUUUCUUCCCUAGCCAGGCUUCGGUUUUCGCUGAUCAAGAGAUCGUGAGCGCCGUCGCCGGCAUUUUAGGACUCAUUGGGGGUCUAGUGGGGCUGGGCGAAGAAACAGCUCUCACUGGUGCCUUGAUCAGUGGUAUAUCAGGAGGAGCAUUAGGCUUUGCUGGGACAGCCCUCGGAGCUCCUCCGGCUACGCCCGGCAAUUUGACCACUGCCUACAGCCAAAUCCAUGAUACCACCCUCAAGGCGUACAACGAUUUCGCCGAAGCCAUCUUUACGAAUGGAUUUGUUGAUAGCACAGAUGUCACAAUGAGCUCACUUAUGGCGAAUGGCGCACUUUUGGUCGAGCCUGACUUCAAUGCUCAAAUUGUGACGGUGGAGUUCCAGAAGUCUGUUUAUGCACAGCUUGCCGUUGCCGCUUGGGCACAAACGACGGGAUUGACUCCAUUCAUCACCUGGGACGACGCGGAUUGCGAUAGUGUCGCCGCGCUCUACAUGAAGCAACCGACCAACGUGCCAGGCGCUGUGGUAUCUGCAGACUUCAGCCAAGUCAACGCCACCAUCAGCGGCCGCUGCUACUACCUUCUUGGAGCCCAGACGAUAGAUGGAUGCAGCGGUCCCACGGACAAACGCAGUCUGGACAAACGAGUCUUGGUGCCAGGUGGAACCCAAAACCCUCAACCGGACAGUGGUACCCCCGGCUCCGGUGGCUCCAGAUCCUCUUGCUGGAACAUCGAUGUCCUACCCGGCGGCACCAAUGAUGUGCUCGACGGUACCGCAUACAAUGGCCUCCUCGUCGCGGAUUUCUUAACGGGCGCAGUGGCGGGAUGGACGGCCAACGGUGACACCAACGGAUAUCCUCCCAUUUCGCCAAGCACGACGAGUUACCCACAGAGUAUACAGGAUGCGGGGUUCAUAACGCAGAUUCCGGUCUGCGAUUAUCGGCCAAUCAAUGGACAAGCGAGCAAGGCUGCGGGGAAGAACUGUCCAGAUCUGACAGCUACAGCAUCGUGA